AUGCGUCAAUGCCCGCCAAUCUCACCUGAGAGGGAAAGGGAGCAAGAUUGGAGGGAGAGGGAGAGAAACAGAGAGAGGAUCAGAGGGCUACUUCGAUCAUGGAUGAGUUGCAUUUUCAGCACAAUCGUUCCAACCUUAGGUGCUUUGUUUGUCAGUCAGUGUGCGGUAGAAAUACGGUCCCCCAUGUAUAUAUAUAUAUACAUACAUACAUACAUACAUACAUACACUCAACAAGAGCAUCUAUGCUGCACGGGAGUGAGAGGAAGCAUGGGCCUGUUUGGGCCAGCCUCGGCCAGGUCGGCUCCUGCUCGACCUGGAGCUGCUCCGAAGCACGAGCACGCCAGCCAUCAGCAAGCAGCAAGCGGUGAUGCUCAUGAACCGUACCUUGCGCUACUGCCCCGCCCUGGCUUUGGAGCAGAUUCGCCCCUGGCGGGAGGCCUUCCGGGCCCUACUCGGAGACCUGAUCGAAGAGCUGAGAAGUCUGAGUCCAAAGCUGCGCCAGGAAGAGCUCGGCGACUUAACACCUCUUCUGCAACGCUUCCGCCAACGUUUGGCCUUGGGUGUGGAGAGGCACAACACCUUUACAGAUCUGCAGAAGGAAGUCAAUGCGAUUCUUUCGUUUUUGCCUUCACGGACAUGAUUGGGGCUCACACCUUUGGUCCUACGUUGUGCGCGGAGCCAGCUGCUCGCACGCCACCACUUUGCACAGUCGAAGGAGCCACUUCACGCCUAAGAAGCUCCGUCCGACUGCGGUUUGAGAUAGCUGGGUGCCAGUGGCGACGAGAGCAUGAAGAUGAAGACAGGACGUCCAGCUAG